AAAACCAUUUUAUUUUAAUGAGAGAGAGAACAGGGAAGCUGGUGACCAUUUAUACCCUAAACUCAGAAAUCCCAGGGCCACCUCUGCCUUGCUCUAUAGGACAGGUCAAAGCAGGCACGUGUCCACCCCCAUUCAAGGAGCGGGGAUGUAGUCCUGUCCUCAUUUGCAUAUCAAUGGACCAAUCAGGGACGGGGGCCAGCACUCUUCUCGACGUUAGCCAGCGUCACCUCGGCCUCAACAGAGUCCCCUUCCAGCUCCCCCCCCAGACUGCGUCUCCUCAGCAGGACCUGUAACACCAGCACUGAAGCAGCAAGAGACCCUCACUGGCGCUGUCUGCACUGAGCGGUCUCACACCGAAGCCGUCCCACAGCCCAGCCGUUCCACACACGGGCUGUAUCACAACUGUAUCAGUAAAGCCUCCCCUCAUUACCGCACCCCGAGAAUUUCCGGGGGUAUUGCCUUGGUGACCACCACCUUCAGUUGACAGUAUUCAAGGGUGAGUGAAUGAAAGAAUAAAUGCAUGAGAAGUGAGCGCACGAGAUUGACCCUUAGGGCCACCUGUACUUACUGCACCCCUAAUAUCCUCGCCCUGCUGCCUUUCCUGCCUUUCCGAGCGCCCCCUGUCUGUCAGUAGCCCCAAUCAGACUGCUUGGCCGGCUUAGCCUGCUUUCCCCUCUCGGUAAUAGGCGCCAAGUUGCUCCCGAUGCCUUCUGGGGAAUGUAGUCUUUGGCGCUUGUUUGCGUUUCCUGUCGGCUUCGGCAUUAAGACAGUCACAAAACUUCCUUGGGAUCCCUAAGCUAUCGCGAUGGCAUUGCAUCUUGGGAAUUGUAGUCCUCCGUUGACAGUUUCCGCUACAAUCGGCUGCAAAUGGAACAACAAUUCCCACCAUGCACCGUGCGAAAAGUUCGCUUGGGGCUAGCCCGCGAACUUCUGGGAGAUAUAGUUCUCAAACCUCACAGUUCCUUCCCUAUCCUACAGAGCAGGCCGGCUCCGAGGACUACAUUUCUCUAUGAGCUCCCAUUAGACCACGGCACCCGGCAGCGGCCACCAUUUUGUUCCGCCCAAGGAGCCCCUAAGAUGGCGGCGGGGGAGACAGUGAAGGUUGCAGCCGGACCCUCCGGGCUCUAGCCCGCCGUCUCCCCGUCUCCCAGCGGCCAGCCCAUGGCCUGGCAGAGGUCCGGACCAUGGACCUCCGCACCGUCGUGUACAAUGCCGCCCGCGACGGCAAGCUUCAGCUGCUUCAAAAGCUGCUCAGCGGCCGGAGCCGAGAGGAGCUGGACGAGCUGACGGGCGAGGUGGCCGGCGAGGGGACGCCGCUGCUCAUCGCCUCCCGCUACGGCCACCUGGACGUGGUCGAGUACCUGGUGGACCGGUGCGACUCCACGCCGCUGCGCGCCGCCUGCUUCGAUGGGCACCUGGAAGUGGUGCGCUACCUGGUGGGCGAGCACCAGGCCGACCUGGAGGUGGCGAACCGGCACGGGCACACGUGCCUCAUGAUCUCCUGUUACAAGGGCCACCGUGAGAUCGCCCGCUACCUGCUGGAGCAGGGCGCCCAGGUGAACCGGCGCAGCGCCAAGGGUAACACCGCCCUGCACGACUGCGCCGAGUCCGGCAGCCUGGAGAUCCUGCAGCUGCUGCUCGGGUGCAACGCUCGCAUGGAACGCGAUGGCUACGGCAUGACCCCGUUGCUGGCAGCCAGUGUGACCGGCCACACCAACAUCGUGGAAUACCUUAUCCAGGAGCAGCCUGCCGGGAUGGAGGUGCAGCCAGGGCUGGCCCCAGAAGGUCCCUCCGGUCUGGGAUGCAUCCAGUCCCAGGGGGCCAGCUGUUGCCGUUCCUCCCCAGAGGAACCGCUGAGUGAAACUUACGAGAGCUGCUGCCCCACCAGCCGGGAAGCUGCCGUGGAAGCCUUGGAAUUGCUGGGAGCCACGUAUGUGGAUAAGAAGCGGGAUCUGCUUGGGGCCCUGAAACAUUGGAGACGGGCUAUGGAGCUGCGGCACCAGGGGGGCGAGUAUCUGCCCAAACCGGAGCCCCCGCAGCUGGUCCUGGCCUAUGAUUAUUCCAGGGAGGUGAACACUGCCGAGGAAUUGGAAGCACUUAUCACCGACCCAGACGAGAUGCGCAUGCAGGCCCUGUUGAUCCGAGAGCGCAUCCUGGGUCCCUCUCACCCAGACACUUCUUAUUAUAUCCGUUACAGGGGAGCCGUGUAUGCCGACUCCGGCAAUUUUGAGCGCUGCAUCCGCUUGUGGAAAUACGCCCUAGACAUGCAGCAGAACAACCUGGAGCCUCUGAGCCCCAUGACCGCCAGCAGCUUCCUUUCGUUUGCUGAACUCUUCUCUUACGUACUUCAGGACCGGGCAGCCAAGGGCAGCCUGGGCACGCAAAUUGGCUUUGCUGAUCUCAUGGGGGUGCUCUGCAAAGGGGUCCGGGAAGUGGAACGGGCCCUGCAGCUGCCCAAGGAGCCUGGGGACUCUGUCCAGUUCACCAAGGCCCUGGCCAUCAUCCUCCACCUGCUCUAUCUGUUGGAGAAAGUGGAAUGCACGCCCGACCAGGAGCAUCUGAAGCAUCAGACCGUCUACCGGCUGCUGAAGUGUGCCCCCCGGGGCAAGAACGGCUUCACCCCUUUGCACAUGGCCGUGGACAAGGACACCACAAACGUGGGCCGGUACCCAGUGGGCAGAUUCCCCUCCCUCCAGGUGGUCAAGGUACUGCUUGACUGUGGGGCCGACCCAGACAGUCGGGACUUUGACAACAACACCCCGUUGCACAUAGCUGCCCAGAACAAUUGUCCGGGGAUUAUGAAUGCCCUGAUUGAAGCGGGGGCCCACAUGGAUGCCACCAACGCCUUCAAGAAAACAGCCUACGAACUGCUGGAUGAGAAGCUGCUGGCUAAGAGCACCAUCCAGCCCUUCAACUACGUAACCCUGCAGUGCCUUGCAGCCCGCACCCUGGACAAGAAUAAAAUCCCCUACAAAGGCUUCAUCCCUGAGGAGCUGGAGGCUUUCAUUGAACUGCACUGAUAGGAUUCUGCGAGGGGAGAAACCCGGAGAGGUGCCCACACCAGUCCUUGCCAUCUCUCGGUGAGCACUUCAGGUGGCAUGAAGCAGGAAGAAGGGCUCUCCCAACUCCACGGCCUUUCACCUUGCAGAAAGCGGGGAAAGGAGUUAGCUAUUGGUGCUAGAAGCCUUCGGGGUCAUGUGCUCAGAGAACUGUCUUUCUCAGGAGGACAUGCACUACUUUCCACACAUCCCAUCUGCCUGGGUCUAGGAAGAUGUUGCUUUCUGAGCGGCAGAGGGAUCGAAGCCAUUGUUUUCCUGUACUAGAAACAAGAAGAAACUGAAACUUGGGUCUGUCCUUCUUUGCCCCUUAUGUAGCUAGAUAAACCCAGCCACAAAAUGCAGUGUUAGGAAUGGGGCUCCCAGAGUGGAAAGUUGGAGACUCAAGAAGCAAGACCAUUUCUCACUUCUUCCAGCACGGUUGCACCUCCCUCCCUCCCACGUUGCCAUCGUUGUCCCACACAGGCAGGACUCUGCUUAGGGUAGCCUGCUGCUUGCACAGCUUGGGCUGGUUUGGUGUUCUGUUUAGUUAGUAGGUGGGCAGGCUACAGGCAUCACAGGAGUUCUGAGGUUUUGCUGCCAUAUUUGUUUUUCUUAAGAAUUUGAAAUUUUCUCUUAAGACUUGAUAGGUUGAUUUUGUGCACCAAGGGUUUGGUCAUGCCUGAGGAGGCCAAGGCCCUCAGGAGCAAGCUUUAUUGUGUGAAGAAUUUGGUGAAGGAGGUAGAAGACCACGGUAUCGGUUCCUAAAAUGCAGGCGGCUGUACGUUUCUUAAAACUUCACUCAUUUGCCUUUUACUUGGGCCUCUCGUAUUUCCAACCUCAUUAGAGAAGUGUUUUUUCUAAAGAGGUUCAGGCCAAACGCCCGAGGAGCUGAGCUUGAUGUGUUUCCCGCUGAGUGAGAACUUGCAAGGUGGUUUGGGGCUUGGUUUUCACAGAUUCUGAGUUAGAGCUGAAGGCCACGUCAGCCCCACAGAUCAUAUACAAGUGCACAGUAUUGUGGGUAUAGCCACCCUAAGUGGCGCCAGCUACUCUGACCACUGCUCAGGUCUCCCUAAGGAAAUGCUAAGUGCAGCAUUAACUCCACAAAUCAGCUGGAUGAGACUGAAUGCUGAGAGCUGAGGCGAUAGAAAAUCCUGGCUUCCCAUCACUCAGGGUAUGAAGUGCCUGUGUUAGGGAACUGCUGCAGGGAGGUGGUUCUUGGGUCGCACUGCUUAUGCCCUGUCGGCAGAAGGGGACUCUCCCUGGCCUAUUUGGACAAGCGUGCAUAGCAGAAGGGGACAGAAGCUCAGGUCACAUUCAGGACAGCAGCAUCCUUACCCACCCUCUCUGCAGCCUUGUCAAAUGGCAGCUGCACGGAGGCCCCAGGCACCACAGCAGGUCCAUGGAUGCUCUGCCCUCAGAACACUAGGCCUCCUGUGGACGUGCAGUGUUACUUAGGAUGCUAUUUAUUUACAAGACCAGGUUUUACCUUCCGUGGAGGUGGAAACAGCACAGAAUAAAGAAAUGAGGCCAUUAAC